CUUUGUUCUUUUCUUAUAUGUUUACAAUGUCAUAUACAAUAUUAAUAGAGCGUCCAUGGCUUUGUCUUUUAUUCACCUUCAUGCACUUUCUUAUCUUAGUAGAGGUGCAGUUGUCGUCGCGUUUACCACGGCUUGCCGCCUGCCGUGCCAUAUAAGUGGCCCGUUAACGCUCGCUGAUUUCUUUACAUGGUUGGCUCUUGACAAGGAGUAACACUUUGCGAGAGCAUUCCUACGACGAAGAAAAUCCGAGUUAACGGAGAACAGAAAAUUUAACGUUUCGUUAUCAACAGUUAUAUCAACUAUUAGGACGUUAUUCCAAUUCAAUUAAAGUAUUUGCAUUGUGACUUUUCUCAGGCAGUUUUGUACAAAAGUGGAAUCGAGUAAGUGGAAUUGGACGUAAACAUCGUUUGCAAUGCAGAAAGACAGUGCUGAGGCAAUACUAGGAGGUGCAGCUUACAAGGACAUGUCAGAUUCUCCGGAAGCUAAUUGCGAAGCAGAAAUUCCUCAAUUCUUUACGGGAUGCAACGUCCUUAUAACAGGUGGAUCUGGGUUUUUGGGCAUGCUUCUAAUAGACAAAUUAUUGCGAUGCUGCCCAGAUAUAGCAAAAAUGUAUGUAUUGUUAAGAGCGAAGAAAAACAAAUCGCCGGAGCAGCGGUUUACGGAGAAUUUUGAUAAUGUCAUUUUUGACAGAAUGAAAAAAGAACAGCCCAAUUUUCUGACCAAAUUAAUAAUGAUAGAGGCCGAUUUAAGCAGAUCGGAUCUUGGAUUAUCACCAGAAAAUCGAGAACGUCUCUUAGAUACAAAUGUAAUUUUUCACGGAGCAGCAACUGUACGAUUUAAUGAAUCAAUUCGGGUCGCGGUGAAUAUAAAUGUGAGGGGAACAAAGCAACUUCUUCUCUUUGCGAAAGAAAUGCCAAAUUUCAAGGCAUUCGUACAUAUUUCAACCGCAUUUGCUUACUGCGUACAUAAAUCUAUUGAUGAAAAGUAUUAUAUUCCGCCUAUGGAAACAGAUAAAAUCUUAACAUUACUUGACAUAUUGGAGGACGAAAAAUUGGAGAAAAUCGUGCCAACAUUAAUAGGUGAAUGGCCCAAUUCAUAUGCAUUUACGAAAGCAAUUGCCGAAGACACUGUGCGGCAAUAUAGCACUGGAAUUCCGACUUGCAUUGUACGUCCUGGGAUUGUAACGUCAACAUUAAAAGAUCCAAUACCUGGAUGGAUCAAUAAUUUAUACGGAGCGGUAGGAAUAGUUGCGGGCAGUGCGCUAGGUUUAUUACGUACUCUGCAUUGCGUGCCAGAAAAUAAUGCAGAGAUAGUACCCGCCGAUUAUGUCAUCUCUCAGAUUGUCGCUGCGGCUUGGGACACUGCAAACAGAAAGAAUACUCUGUUGAGUAUCGAGAAUGCAAAUCCGGAUGUACCGGAAACUGAAAGAGCACCAAUUUACAAUUACGUGUCAUCACAACGAAAUUCUAUCACCUGGAAAAAAUUUAUGAAAUAUAAUGAAAUAUAUGGCAUGCAAGUGCCAAGCACUCACGUUUUCUGGUAUUAUAUGUUAUUUCUAAACAGAUAUCUGUUUUUACAUAAUGUAUGCGUGAUAUUUUUGCACAUAUUACCUGGCGCCAUAGUCGAUGUCGUACUCUUCCUCAGGGGUCGCAAACCCAUGCUAUCAAAGGCUUACAGCAAGAUAAACACAUUUAGUUCUGUAAUAUCGUACUUCUCGUCGCAGCAGUGGCAAUUCCGCGACGACGCUGUCGUGAAGUUGUGGAAGCGCGUAAAUUCCGCUGACCGUCAAAUCUUUAAUUUUGAUAUAGGGAACUUGAAUUGGGAAGAUUAUAUCCAACAUAUGAUACCUGGAAUUCGCUUGUACAUAGCUAAAGAUCCGCUGGACACUCUAGAACAAGGACGAGCAAAAUACAAGAAGCUGAGGAUCGCUCAUUACACAUUGCUAACGAUUUUUGCGAUAUUAUUUAUAUGGGGUUUCGUACGAUUAGCUUCAUCUGUCAUGAAUUUUGUUAGUUAUUAAAUUACAACUAUACAUAUAUAAUGUGAGAGAGGUAGACGGAGAGUAGACAAACAAAUACAUGUAUUUGUUAGUUGAGACAAAUAUUAUAGUUGUAGCAGCAACUGGUUUAUGUUUGCCUUUUGCUAUGUUGUUUUGUUUUGAUGACCUUAACUACCAUU